CUGGGAGAAUCUUCCCAUAAACCUGGCGAUUUCUCACAUCUUCCUCCAUCGACCCGCCUGAGAAGCCUCUCGCGCCCUCCCCCUUCCACCAACAAGUCCUUGUGUCUCCCCGCUAUCCAAGCGACCUCGCUCUCCUUCCCAGGUCCCAACCGACACCAAGAUGCUUCUUAAACCUCUUGUGGCUGCAGUGGCGGCCAUUAGGCUCGCCGCCGGCCAAGAGCUGAUGCGGUUUGGAUGCUCGCAGCUCGUCGUCGACCGCCUGGACCCGCUGGUCAACCCGGGAGCGGUCCCAUCUCCUCACAUGCACCAGAUUGUGGGCGGCAACUCGUUCAACGCCUCCAUGGCACCGGUCGACCAUGACCCGUCCAAGGUGUCGAGUUGCACCAGCUGCACCUAUUCGGAGGACUUCUCCAAUUACUGGACCGCCAACGUCUACUUCCGUGCCCGUAACGGCUCCUUCAAGCGCGUGCCCCAGGUCAGCAACCUGGGCCUGAACGUCAAGGGCGGCAUCACGGUCUACUACAUCCGGGGCUACCAGUCGGCCGCUCGGGUGUCGUCAUUCAAGCCGGGCUUCCGCAUGCUCGUCGGCGACCCGCUGAACAAGUCCCCGACUGCCCAGCAGCGGCAGCUGUGCUUCCGUUGCGAGGCCAAUAUGCAGCAGAACCCAUUCGGUGGCGCGCCCUGCUCGGGCUCCGACACCAAGGAGUUCCCCAAGCAGCCCUGCGGCGGCGGCUGGAGGGUUAGCAUCCACUUCCCUUCGUGCUGGGACGGCAAGAACCUCGACAGCCCGAACCACCGAGACCACGUGGCGUACCCCGAGCGCGGCACCUUCGAGUCCGGCGGCGCGUGCCCAAGCUCCCACCCGGUCAAGGUCCCGCAGCUCAUGUAUGAAGUGAUGUGGGACACGCGCGCCUUCAACAACAAGGCCGACUGGCCCAUCGACGGCUCGCAGCCCUUCUUCUGGAGCAACGGCGAGCGCACGGGGCUGGGAAACCACGGCGACUACGUCUUUGGCUGGCAAGGCGACGCACUGCAGCGCGCCAUGGAUGGCAAAUGUCGUCCUCUCAAGAGGCAAACGGACGCGCAAGCCAUCGCCUGCACCAAGCAGCGCGCCUAUCCCGAGGAGAUCGGGGAUGUCUGGCUCAAAGACAUUCCCGGACAGUCGGCGGCAAACUACCUUUGAGUGCGCCGGAGGGAAUAUCAACGUGACCUUGAGUCUGCACGCACGUUUGCACGCAUCCCUUCUUUCUCAAGAGAUCUAUCCUGGGAAUCAUUCGUUUCUUGUUCG